AACCUGUCCCCAAAUUAAUGUAAUGGUUCAGAGUUUGUUUUGAUAUUUUAACCUGCGUUUGGUGUAGGGGGACAAAAUACAUUUAUGCACGAUAGCGCAUGAUGGCAGACGGUUUGGGUUCCGUGUAAGGCUCGCUGCCGGCGGACAAAUCUGGGUUUGGCAGAUGUCAGGAGAACGCUACCUGCCCCAAUGCAUAGUGCCAACGGUAAAGUGUGGUGUGAGAGGAAUUAUUGUCUGGGGCUGUAGGUCAUCGUUCUGUCCCUUAAUUCUAGUGAAGGGAAAUCUUAACGCUACAGCAUUCUAGACCAUUCUGUGCUUCCAACUUUGUGGUAACAGUUUGGGGAAGGCCCUUUCCUGUUUCAGCAUGAUGCCCCCCUUGCAAAAAACAAGUUCCAUAAAGCAAUAGUUUGUCAAAAGUGUUGUGGAAGAACUUGACUGGCCUGCACAGAGCCCUGACCUCAAUCCCAUCAAACACCUUUGGGAUGAAUUGAAACGCCGACUGCGAGCCAGGCCUAAUCGGCUAACAUUAGUGCCGACCUCACUUAUGCUCUUGUGGCUGAAUUGAAGCAAGUCUCUGCAGCAAUGUUCCAACAUCUAUUGGAAAGCCUUCCCAGAAGAGUGGAGGCUGUUAUAGUAGCAAAGGGGGGACCGCAUCCAUUUGGAAUGAGAUGUUUGAUGAGCAGGUGUCCACAUACUUUUGGUCUUGUAAUAGAUGUGAUGAGAUAGUCGUGUAAAUUCUACGCAGGGACACUCAGUCAAUCUUAAAUGAAUCAUUGUUUAUUAUCAGCAUGCUCUAGAGGUCAAAGUCAAACUUAAGAUGCAUAAAGUACCGUUCUGAAGGUAUCUCCCUCAGGGCAGUCCCAUUAGAUAUCUUAUAUUACUGGUUACAGACAGGUUACAUAGUCAUAGUUCAUAGGGUUGGUUCCAGCAUGUGUCUGGCACCGUCCCCUAUCUUAACUUAUCAACAUAUUCUGGCCGUUCUGCCAGAUGGUCCUGAGGAUGGGGUCAUGUUGCCCCCCUUCAUAUUUUUACCAGGAACCAAGGAUUAUUUAUAACACUAUGAACAUUUUGAAGACUGCUCUUCACAUGAUAACAUUUUCCAUCACAUGAUGUAUAGACAUUAUGGACAGUAUGUGUAUAGAAUUACUGGAAUAUCUGUACAAUACGUAUCGUGUUUCAAAGUAACGUCCAACGUAAAGAGACUCUCUUUUCCUCUUCUUUUCCCUCUCUAUCUAUCUCUGUUUGGUUUACUUGCAAGCAACUCUUUGUUAGGGAAGACAAUGAACCCUGAUGGGCCAUUUUGCGGGACCUAUUGAUAUGGUAAUACCGAUUGGAAGACAACACGUGAGGAGCCCAUUGCGCACCAAUUAUAUGACCACUGUCUCGUUGAUUGACUCUAUUUGAACCCAAUGACCACUGAUCUUCUUGAAAUCUAGCUGGGUAGAUAGCCAAUGAUCAUAUCUAACUGGAAAUAUCCCAUGAUUCAUUGUUGUAAGACAAACCUAUACACUGGAGGCAAGCGUAAAAAUCUUUCUUUCGCCAUUGCCUAUUGAACCGUGAAGGAGUGAUUAUAAUUACGCCCCGACGUUUUUCAAGAAUUUGCUACUUCAGCUGUUUAUUUCGCAAUUAAAAUGGCCAAUAAGUCAAAGAAAGUUACCUCGAAGACUAGAUACACGAAUGUAGAAAUGGUUUUGGAAGAGAUUGCCAGGGAUAGUGAGACAGAUUUGGCCGAGAUUGAAGACUCCAUUAGCUCCCAUAGUUUCGAUUCUGAAGCUGAGGACUACUUUUUGAACGGAGAGGACAUCGUUUUGGACUGUGGCACUGACUCCGACUGGGAGCCCCCAGUGCAAAGGUGUCCAUCCCCCUCUGAAGCAGGUUCAUCCAGCAGUACCCCUGCUGUCUCUGGCUCCAAACCUCCCGGGCCAUCUAGAGGUGUGAAGAGGAAGAGGGGAAGUGUUCCACCCACUAACAGAGGGACAGAAGGGCGUUGGCACACCGUCCUAGAAGAUGAUAUUGAGCCACCACAACCAACCUUUAGGCCGAAAAGGAAGCCAGGACCUCAGGUGAACCCGACCUCCACUUACACCCCCCUUCAGCUUUUCCAACUGUUUUUUACACCAUCUGUUGUAGAUUCGCUCGUGUCCAACACCAAUAAGAAUGGCAAGCAGAAACAAGCAGGCAAGAAGUUAGCAUGGAAGCCCAUAUCCAUGUCAGAUAUUUUAUGCUACUUUGCACUUGUUAUCUACAUGGGGCUGGUGAAGCUGAAGAGCCUGAAGGACUACUGGAAAAAGUUAGAUCUGUACCAACUGCCUUACCCCAUGACUGUUAUGUCCGCCAAAAGGUUUCUGAUUAUUUCACAGGCGCUUAACAUCAGUGACCCAAAGGUAGAUGAAGAGAAUGAGAAGAAGAGGGGCACAGCAGCGUUUGAUAGACUGUGCAAGAUUAAGCCGCUCUACCACAGCAUUGUUGACGCCUGCAAGACAUAUUUUCAGCCAGCCCAGAACGUGUCAAUCGAUGAGAGGAUGGUAGCCUCAAAGGCAAGAAUUGGCCUCAAACAAUACAUGAAAAACAAACCGACCAAGUGGGGUUACAAGCUGUUUGUUUUGGCUGAUUCUGUAUGUGGCUACACAUGCAAUUUCUUUGUCUACGAGGGGAAGAACAGUUUUGCUACCGGUAAGGGACUCAGCUAUGACUCUGUCAUGGCGUUAUUGGAUUUUCAACUGCUAGGGAAGGGCUACAAACUGUUUGUGGAUAACUUCUACACAAGCCCUACCCUGUUUACAGACCUAAGAAAGCUGGAUGUAUGGGCUUGUGGCACCAUUCGUACCAACAGGGUGGGCUUUCCGAAGACGAAGGUGAACGACAUGCCUAAGUGGGCUGAGCGGGGGACCAUGCGAUGGAUCCGUGAAGAUGGCCUGCUUUUUGUAAAGUGGAUGGAUACCAGAGAGGUGGUGAUGUGCUCUACAAUCCACAAGUCCUUCAGUGGGGAUGGUGUUGUCAGGCGUGUGAAGAACAGUGCCGGGGCAUGGAUCACCAAAAAUGUCCCCAUUCCUGGAGCCAUCAAGGACUACAACCAGAGCAUGGGCGGAGUCGACCUUUCGGACGCGCUAAUCGGCUACUACAAUGUUCUCCACAAGACGAGGAAAUGGUACAAGACCCUCUUCCAUCAUUUCAUCGACAUCGCCGUAGUGAAUUCAUUCAUCCUCCACAAGGAAAUGGCAACGAGCUGUGGAAAGCCCUUCCUCUCACAGAAAGCCUUCAGAGAGCAGCUCAUCAGGGAGCUUGCUGGCUACAGCACCACUGCACCAAGCCCCGUCCCUUCUGCUCCUGCCACAAGUGUUCAUCUGCCCAAAUAUAUUUGUGCAGGCAUGGAUGUGCCUAAGGGCAAAAAGGGCACAGCAUGGAGGCGUUGCUGUGUUGUGUGCAAGAUGAAGUCUCCCAUCAUAUGCAGCACAUGCUCAGUGACCCUAUGCUUCACAUCAGAGAGAGACUGCUAUGGCAUCUGGCAUGAGCAGCAUAACAUUGUCUAGAGUUUUGGCAAUGUUAGUGGGGUUAUAUGGCAAAGUGGGUCUGCGGUCUAGCUGAGAACACCAGUCUGCAGUCUAGCUGAGAACACCAGUCUGCAGUCUAGCUGAGAACACCAGUCUGCAGUCUAGCUGAGAACACCAGUCUGCAGUCUAGCUGAGAACACCAGUCUGCAGUCUAGCUGAGAACACCAGUUUGCAGUCUAGCUGAGAACACCAGUUUGCAGUCUAGCUGAGAACACCAGUCUGCAGUCUAGCUGAGCUAGGGUCAGUAUGUUAUCUCUGGAGUAUUUUUCCUGUCUUACCUGGUAUCUUGUGUGAAUUUAAGUCUGCUCUCUUUCUCUCCUUCUUUCUCUCAGUGGACUUGAACCCCUGGGACCAUGCUUCAGGACUACCUGACAUGAUGACUCCUUGCUGUCCCCAGUCCACCUUGCCGCUGUUCCAGUUUCAACUGUUCUGCCUGCUGCUAUGGAACCCUAAACUGCUAAUUUUUUUCUCCUGAGGUGCUGCACACUCUACAAAAACACUGAUCUCCACCCGGCACAGCCAGAAGAGGACUGGCCACCCCUCAUUGCCUUGUUUCUUCCUAGGUUUUUUCCUUUAUAGGUUGUUUUUCUUAGCCACCAUGCUUCUACACCUGCAUUGCUUGCUGUUUGGGGUUUUAGGCUGGGGCUAUGUAAAUAGAUUUGAUAGAGGACUGAGGGUGUGUAAAUAGUUACCCAUGUUUAUUAGUCAAUGUAUGUAUAUAUUUUGUUUUUCAUAACUUAAAAAAAAAAAAUGUUUACAAAAAUUAAAAAAAAAAAAAAAAUCUCAAUUUUUUUUUCUCCCAAAAUGUAUUUAUUUUUUUUCCAAAAUUUUUUUUUUUUGGUGGGGGGGUGUGUUAGAAUACCAUUUUGGUAUUUUGUAUAUAGUUAUUGGUUUCAAAAUGUGUACUUAUCCAAUUUGGCCACUUGGGGACAUUUGGGAUACUUGUGGUGGGACACCUGGGUGACGUUAUAAUAAAUGUUAUGUAGCACACUCAUUUUGAAAGUUAUCAUUUUGAAAUUUUGCACAGGUGCUGUUGCCCUCUUAAUUUUUGCACUAAAAUUGUCCCCUUCGUCUUAUCUGAUUUUUUUGUUUUAUCUUGUUCAUUUGAAAGAUGAUGAUUCAAAAAUAAAUAGAAAAAACGAAUGUUUUUUUCCAUAGUUUUAUCUAAA